AUGUCCUAUCUCCCAACUUUAGCGCCUGAUUCCAAUGACUGCAAGCUACAUAAUUUGUACGAUACACAGAGCUGUAUUAUAGCUGCAGUCUGCAUUCUAAUUGGAGCUGCAAAAUGCUUUUUUGGUAAGAUAUAAGUCGAUUCUAGGAAAAAGUUCCUAAGGUAGCUGUAAUCCACUUUUACGAAGUUUAUAACGAAAACGUUGCCGUAAAAUAGAUAGUGCCAUAUGGAAAAACAUUUCUUGCAGCUCUUACUGAAAUAUGUAUUGUCUAAGUUGUUUAUUCAUUAACGAAGUAUCGAGUCUGCCUUUCACCAGGCAUUCAGAGGAGAACCGGACGGAAUUUUCAAAAAUACUCGAUGGAGAUCCGGCAAUAUUCUGAUUUUCUGUAGGGCUAGGAGACAAGAAAUUUAGACGUCAGUAUUAGGUAAACACAGAUGUUAAGAAUGUAAAACGAGGAAUUUUGGCCGGACACAGAUUAUUUUAAAAGUCAUCUCCGGCUGUCGGUCAACAAAUUGUGCAUGUGUUAUCUGCUUCUCCCAGGGGAAGAACCGCAAGCCAACCAGGGGAAUAUGUCGGGGAAUACGAGAGGAUGGAUUGGAUAGUCUGCCCCUGGGAGGAGAAAAUUCAUGACAUUGUUUUAAGUUCAAAUGACAGGGGGUGCCGUGGGGGAAUUCAAAAUUUGUAAAAUAGCAGGCCAUGGCAACUACAGGGAUCGAUGCGCCUGGGUGGGGAGGUGUACUCCUGGGAAAUUUUGGUGGGAGGGUGCCACCUGUUUCUCCAAAUCCUGACCCUAUUUCAGGCCAAAAAAUGUCAUUUUCCACACCCGUUUUCAGACCAGACCUUUGAAAUCCAAACCCCUUUUCAGACCUGGGGCCCGUUUCUCGAAAGUCCCGAUAAUUAACGGGCCCGGUAAGCUGUCUCGGUUGCCAUUAAAGAUCGAGGUUUCAAUAGUUUGCAUCUAACAUGAUAAAACUAUCAGUUAAAGAAACAAAAUGGAGUAGUUUGCUUGCCAGGAGCCGCGCUCUUAUUCUUUUUAUUUCGAUUUGAAUAUUUGAUUUCGGGCCCGAAAAGUUACCGGGACUUUCGAGAAACGGGCCCCUGGCCUUUAGGCAGAAAUUUCUUAGAUUAGAGUGCAAAGAAAAAAUUCUGUCAAAUGCAUUUUGAAAUAGCUUAUUUCAACUUAAUUCUCCUUCAUUUGCAAUUGAAGCAUUAAAUACGUUCAUGAAUACACUCCUGUAGUUCCCUCGAAAACCAUACCCAAUUUCAUACCAAAAUGGGAAAAGUGUAUGUACCUGUUUUCAGACUAAAAAGGACCAAAAACCCUACCCGAUGGGGCAGCACAUACCUAUAUGGCUUAUAUAGGGAAAUAACCCCCCUGGGUCGAUGCAACAGGAAUUCUCACUUCCCCAUGAAGGUACCAGCUGUGUGUGUAACAAAGAGAUUGCCCAGUUAAUAAUGAUGAUGAUGAAGUCACUGCCAAAAGCGUGCCUUGUUUGGAGAAAAUGCAAACGUGGAUUCUUGAAAGAGAUUCUGUGUGUUAUAUUUACUAAAAUCCAAUGAUGGAUUUUUGAAUCUAAAAAAUUCAUUCUCCAAGUGGAUUUAUUAGAUAAAAUCUACAAUUACUCCAAAUUUUUAAGAUUUGUGAUCUGUUCUCUCCUUUGGGUUUGGAUCCAAAAUAAAUACACUAGAAAGGAGUCUGGUGAAAUAUUAGGCUUUUUACUAUCUCUUUCUUCCAUUUUUGUAUUUUUUUCAUUUCUGGCAAUGAAUCCAAAGAAUCUGAGAAUCUCUCAUUCUCUUAAAGAAAAGUCAAUUUCCAUUAAUUUCGCAUUAAUUUAAGUUGCGUUAAUUUCCAAUACCUUAAUUUCAUGGAGCGUUAAUUUCCUAUAAAUAUAAGGUAGUUUUUGUUAUUAUCAUUUGAAGUAGUGUAUAUACUGCAUGUGUAAUAUUAUUGAUUGAUCAUUGCUCAUAUUUCAGGGUACCGACUGUUCAAAUUCGUGCUGUUUCUAGUUGGUUUCCUGAUCGCAUUUUUCUUCAGCUAUAUAAUGUGUACUGAACAUUUAUCUGAUGAGCUGUCUGGAACAGUUCUUGAGUAUAAGGAUCAGGUAAAAUACAACGGGCAAAGACAACAGGCAAAAUAAUUUCUUGUUUGUACCAGUGAUGAGUGAGGGAUGUAUGUCAUGAGGGAUGUGAGGGAUAUUCAGUAAAAGCCUUCUAACUCGAACUUCUAAAGGGAAACGAGAAACAAUUCAAGUCAUAUAAUUAGCGGGGGUUACAGUUAUUGCAGGGGUUGAGUGGAUAUUCAAUUUGUCAGUGGUUGAUAGCUGCAGAUAGUUACUGAUUGUUUCAUUACUUCAGUGUAUAUAUUUGUUAUUGUUGGCAUCAGGAGACAAUAAAAUCAAUGCUACGGUUUAGUCAGUGGUUGAGUUGCAGUGCUUGCUGUGGCUGUACAGUCUGGUAGGCUCUGUUGCAGUUGUUGAAGAUGAAUUCUGAGCUUGGCUUUGUGGGUACUGAUGCUGCCCUCAGCCAUCUGCACUCUCUCCUCUCAUCUACAGUGCAAAUUUAACUUACUUUAUUAGAAAUUAAACGUAACAUGGUUAUGUAUUUUUGUGAUAAAAUUAUGUGAUCUGUUUGUUACACCAUUAUUUAAUAUCAAAUUGCUGUUGUGUUAAUAGGUUUAGUGUUUUUACUGAUCACACAACAAGAAGAGCUAAUGGGUUGGCAUCUGAUUGGAGUAGAAAGAACCAGAAUUUAAGUUAUUGGGGUAAAUUUCAGAGAAAUUUAUUAUCUAGGGAAAGGAAAUUCAGUUUGAGUUAGCAGGCAAUUUGAGUUAUCCGAGUUGCAGUUAACUGAGUAAAAAUGGCUGAAAAGUAGGGUGAAAUCCAAGGGAAAUGGGACUUUGUUCGAGUUAGCCGGGAGUUCAAGUUAUCCGAGUUCGUGUUACUGGGGUUCUUGCAUGUGUAUUUAUAUCUUGCUGGAUCAUCCUAUGGGAAUUCUUACCUCCUGUUUCAGAUAUCUCUUGGCAUCUCUGUUGGAGUUGGUGUUAUUGCUGGCCUGCUAACAUUGUGCCUUUUUUACGUUGGACUUUUUCUACUUGGUAAUUCAUAAUAUUUUUGAUAUCUAAUAGCCAGUAAUUAUAGUAGAUGUAAAUAAUGAAAUCACCCAACAAUUUUUUUGUUAGCCUGUCAUUGAAAUGUAAACCUCAACACCACAAAGACCUUGAGGAAUAAUAUCUCCUUGUGAUUAUUUUGAUUGCAAGUAAUAGAAAUCUCUCAGGGGCGGAUCCAGGAUUUUUUUAGGAGGGGGUGCACUCGUCUCUUGCUCUACUUCAACACCAAUAAACCACAUAGUUUUUUUUUUGGCAGAAUAACAGUUGUAUUAGAAAACCACAGGUCAUCUCAGGGGGUGCGCACCCCGUGCACCCUUCCCCUAGAUCCGCCCCUGUCUCUUAUUUGAACACUUCAAUGGAGAUAAGUCAAAUACAGCAUCUUUCAUAGGAGUUGGGCUAAGCAUGCGUUUUAUUUUUUAAAGGAGCGACCAUGGGAUGGUUUGUCGGUAUGGCUCUUCUGCCCCUCCUAUACAAGCAUUCAGUGUACUUGUCUGAACACAACUGGCUACCCUACAUUAUUCUCAGUGCUUUUGCCAUUGCUGGUGGAAUUCUCAUUCUCUGCAUUCAGAAGGUAUGCCUUUUGCAUUGUAUAUUUUAAACAACAACAACAACAAUUUUUUUUUUUUAAAAAGUGCCCUUUUAUCAUUUGUUUGGCAAGCAGAAAGAAUGCCAAAAAUCACCCAACCAGCAUUAUAUUUGUUGCCGCCCCAAAAUAUCUACCUAUAUAAUUAUAACAUAUUUAUGAUAAGCCCCUUUGGGGGAAUAAUAAUUUACAAUAAAUUAUUUCAUUUAAGUACUACAAUUCACAACUGUCAGUUCCAGAUGUCCAAAUCCCAUUUUUGAUCUAUUUAUAGACUGUAAUAAUCAUCUCUACUUCAUUUAUGGGAGCAUUCAUGUUUGUCAAUGGUGUUGAUUACUUCGUGGAGAACUGCAGAGCCCUUUAUUACACUGUCAACAUCCUGCAUGGUAAGAAGACAAUAAUUAAGUGAAAAAUACUAUUAAAAAAUGAUGUGAGAGUAAUGUCAUCUGUACUAAUAUAGUCUUGUUUGAUAUGAUGUUUGCAAAUCAUUCUUUGCAAUUGAAGUCUUUUCAUUCUAAAAUAUCUUUUGUCAGAAUAAGUAGUUUGUAGUUUUGCCUUUGUUAAGGAGAAUUGUGACAAUUCUUUUUUCUCAUAAACUACUAAUUAUGUAAAAUUUCAACCAUGAGGUAAAAACAAAAUAUAGCCACAUAGGAAUUGAUGCAUGUAAUUCUGCUUUGAGCACAUGCUGGCUUUUGUCAGAAUUUACCAAUGAGCAAAUACUAAAUGGGUAAUUGGCCUCAAUUGAAGUGUGCACCUCACUUCUGUUUUGCAAGUUAGCUUAAGUUCUGUGCAAGUUUGAAAAGAGAUGAAAAAAGUAGCCUGCCGCUGAAACCUAGCUUAUUUCACUUGGGGAUUAUUAAUUUUAUGGAACUCAUUUGCCAUAUUUAUGUUACAGGCCAAAAUUAUAGCCCUAUUUCAUGAAUAGUAAGGGCUAGGAGACAAAGGAAAUUGAGAUUCAGUGUAGGUUUAAAAAUUUUAACUUGAAUUUAAUUUUGACUUAAUGUAGCAUUAAUUUUACAAGUUAUUACUUGAUCAUCACUUCACCAUGGUGAGGUAAUAAAAGUUCCUCUUAAGUAUUUCAGAUUUCAGAAACUUAAACCAUGUGUUUUAAUGGAUCUUGUGCAUUAAUUUAUAAGGUCACCACAGCAAGUCUGAUUUGCCACACUGUUGGUACACUUGGGUGGUAUUUUCAUUGAUUCCAAUCAUGUUUAUUGCUGGAAUGGUUGUGCAGUUUUGCAAGACUGCAAAGGACAGUGAUCACAGACAAGGU